GACAAACAUUACCAUCAACUAGAGCAACCGCAACAGCAGCAACAACAACAACAACCACGAGCCACAUUCAAAGAGCCUUUUUCAACAAGGCAUGUUUAUACCUGAUUCACUGCGUAGCUGUAUGAUCGAGACGGACGUUAAUUCCUACCUCCAAACAUCAUCCUCAGGACAGGAUGAGUUUCAUCCGUUCAUUGAAGCCCUGUUGCCGUAUGUCAAAUCAUUUUCGUAUUCAUGGUUUAAUCUGCAAGCGGCCAAGCGAAAAUACUACAAGAAACAUGAGAAGCGUAUGUCCCUGGAGGAGGAGAGACACUGUAAGGAUGAGCUACAGAACGAAAAAGCCGAAGUCAAACAAAAAUGGGCAUCCCGCUUGCUGGGCAAACUACGCAAAGACAUAACCCAAGAAUGCCGUGAAGAUUUCGUACAAUCCAUAACGGGUAAACGCAAAUCGAUAUGUGUCCUCUCCAAUCCCGAUCAAAAGGGCAAAAUGCGACGCAUCGAUUGUCUGCGUCAGGCCGACAAGGUAUGGCGUCUAGAUCUGGUUAUGGUCAUUCUGUUCAAGGCCAUUCCGCUGGAGAGCACAGAUGGAGAACGCCUGGAAAAAAGUCCUGAAUGUAUACACCCGGCUCUAUGUGUCAAUCCGUAUCACAUUAACGUGUCGGUGAGGGAAUUGGAUUUGUAUUUGGCCAAUUUCAUAAAUACCCACGAUCCACUGAGUAGUCCUUCGCCCACAUCACCGCCACCGGGUACCCCUUCCACACCAUCGCUGAUGUUGUACAGUGGCGGCAGCGAGCACAAUGCCAGCAACAACAACAAUAACAAUACCAACAGCAACAACAACAACCCAAAUAACGCCACAGACAAUAAGAAACGGCUAGAAGAUGAGCGCAAGCACAAAGGUAUGUAUCGGCAGGAUGAAGAGGAUCAUGUGAAGUUUUCUUGUAUCAAGGACACUAACAAUUCAGAUGUAGACAACACACCAUUUGCAGGCUACAGUCACAAUCCUUACAAUGGUGUUGUGUGUAAUGAUAUAAUUUUGGCCACUGGUGUAUUCUCUUCCAAGGAACUUUGGAAGCUGUCAAAAGCUUCCAUUUUGGAAGAAACCACCAAUGAUCUCAUCCAGGCUAGUUCGAUUAAAUUGGAGCAUCCGGCGGCUGCCUAUGAGUGCAAUACAUAUCAAAUGUCAGCUGCGGCUGCUCCACUGGGAUCGGUAGUCGGUGGGGUGAACAGUGCCGGUAUGGUGACCUCAGCGGAUGGUCGUUCAUCGGUCAGUGCUUCCAUGGUAUUGCCUUCGGGUUAUAGUAUUGACUUUGUGGAUCCACGCAGCAGCAUGCAUCUUUCGAAUUCAUCACUUCUGAGGGCCUCUUCCGCUGCCACUUGUAAAAGUGAUCCCAAUGGUUCGCCUCAGGAUGGCAGCAGUUUCUCUGUGAUAUUAAGGCAAAAUGAAGACAAUGGCAGUAAUGGCGGAGCAGGAACUUCCUCGGCCAGCAAUGCCGAAGAUCCAGCUUUACAAAGAUACACACCGACCAGCAAUCGAGUGUUAUUGAGCAUGGGUCAGAUGCGACCGGGAGAAGUUCUAAUGCAGCACAAUGUUAGCUCAUCACUGGUGCCAAAUUCGGUGAGCCCAGCCCUUUAUUAUCCCCAGCAGAACAGUCCCGGUUCAAAUCCCAAUGAAUCUUCGGAUGAUGCCCAUCACCAACAGCAGCAGCAACAACAACAGCAUCACCAUCAUCAUCAACAGCAGCAGCAUCAUCAACACCACCACCACCAACAUCAGCUGCAUCAGGCCUCCGCCACUCCCAAAUAUGCCACAGAAUUGGUACAGCAUGGCCAGGAUAUGUCGGAAUUUGUGGCCUACGUAUGCCAGGAUACUGGGGGUAUACAUCCAGCCAAUGCUGGAGAUCCUUCCGAUCUGCAUGUGCAUCACCAUCAAACGUCUUCCCAUUUUCAAUUGCAGCAUGCUGCUGCCGCCGCCGCUGUGGGUCGUGGUCCCAAAAUUUCGGCCGUAUCGGCUGCUGCAGCUGCAGCUCAUUACCAGCAAUACAGCACCAUGUUGCCACCACCUCCACUACCGCCUAUGGCACGACCGGUGGCCAUUAUACGUUCAACGGGGGACCUCACCAUGGUGUCAUCCCCGCCAACCUCAACCGCCAUAUCUCCACCACCACUGACGAGUGUAUCCUCGGCUGGUGAUUCGCCGCGUCAUCAUCACAGUCAUCAGAGUUUGCAGCAUCAUCCACAUCACCACCACCAUCAUCAUCACCAUGCUCAACAUGGUCAGCAGCAGCAGGCGCAACCACAACAACAUCAUCAACAGCAGCCGCAACAGCACACAACCAUAGAUCACACAUCCAGCAGUGGUCUCAGUUCAAUGUCUUCGAAACUUACCAACACAACCGCCAACUCUACCAGUUCCGCCCAAGAUACAACGGCUUCCAAUACCACAAUAACUGUGGGCACUACCGCUAACAAUAAUUCAUCAGAUUUGGUGGUGGCCUCGACAGCAGCAGCCUCACCGCCUCCAGCACCCACACAAUCGCCGCAUUCACACAUUAUAGAUGUGGCACGAUGUAAAACCUCGCCGACAUCAUCGGCAUCAGCUGUGGCGGUAUCAACACCAACAUCGGCACUGACACGCAUCUCGGCCCAGCCAUAUCCGAAUACAAAUGGUCGUGAAUACUUUAAUCAUUUCCAUACACAGACAACACCGCUCUUGGGUUAUACAACCAUGUCGGGUGUUAUUAGUCCAACAAAUCUUAGCCUAUAUUCAUCGACAACAGGCGUUUCAUCACAUCGCACAACACCGAGAUCACGUUGGAACUCAUCGUUUCUCUCCAUGGAAGAUGAUUUCAAUAUGAUGUCCCACACACUGACAAGCACAAAUCCGGAAGCCACACCGGUUAUACUAAUGGAAGACUCUGGCCGUUAUAGCGAUGAAUAUGUGACAAGUCGUGACUAUGUUACAUGAUUAUAAAUGCAGCAAACGUUUUAUAUGCCCUACUAGAACUGCAAUCAACAGACAACUGACAAACAACAACAACAAACAAUAAUACUAA